AUGGGGGUCUUCGCCGCCAGCGGCAAACGAUCCUCCGCGAAAGGCGGUAGGGACAAACCACCCACUCGGGAAAACCCAAGGAAGGACCUUACCUCCAAGAGACAGCGAUCUCAAGACGACACCUCGAGUGAGUCCAAGAGCGACGAGGCCAUUGUCUGCAUCAGCGUACAGCUGAAGGAGAGCGUUAUCUGGCUGGCAUCAACAUACAUGGCCCAUGACAGUCAUGCUUUUCCACCCUAUAGACUGGAAGAAGCGGUGAAGGAAGCAAAUCGCAGAAAGCUCCCGGUCAUAAUAGGGGCCAUCUCUAAUUCAAAUAACACGAUCUGGGGCUCAAGCGACACCAACUCCCGGGAGAGGCUCAUCGACGAAUAUAUUCGACAGAAUAUAAAAAAUUACAACCUCUCCCCGAACCAACAAGCAUAUUCCAAAGGAAAAUCCGUGGAUACCGCACUCCAUGAAAUCGUAUCGACGAUUGAAAAAGGAUUGGACUUAAAGGAAAACACGCUCGGAGUUUUUCUCGAUAUCGAGGGUGCUUUCAACAAUGUCUACCCGAAGUCUGUUGUUAACUCCCUUCUCAUGCCGGGGGUGCAGCAGGGUCUGCAAGCUGUUCCUAUAUUUUGGUUUAUUUGCGAUACGCUCACGGAUGUCGUCUUCAUAUUCGAUAUCGUUGUCCAGCUGCGUACGGGGUAUCUCGAGCAAGGAUUGAUGGUUUAUGAUGAUAAAAAACUGGCAAUGCAUUAUAUCCAUUCUAAAGAUUUUUUCUUCGAUAUUAUCUCAUUGAUUCCUUUGGACUUAAUACAACUGAAAAUCGGGUCACACCCCCUCUUGCGCUUCUCAAGAUUUUUCAAGGUAUAUCGAUGUAUCAAAUUUUACUAUAUCGUUGAAAGUAGAACUGUUUGGCCAAACUUGUGGCGAGUGAUAAACUUAAUUCACAUUCUUUUGAUAUUGGCGCACUGGUUCGGCUGUUUUUACUAUCUUUUGUCGGAAGCUGAAGGAUUUCAGGGUGACUGGGUAUAUCCUUAUAGGCCAGGAGACUAUGCUACCCUGACGAGAAAGUACCUUGGAAGCCUUUAUUGGUCGACUCUUACUUUAACUACUAUUGGAGAUCUACCUACACCGGAAACAAAUGCAGAGUAA